AUGGGCAUCAUAACGGCGACAAUAAUAGUGCUGACAAUCACGUGGAUAAUCCAUUAUGCGUUCCGAAAAGGAAAGUUCAUCUACGACAAACUGACGGUGAUGCAAGGCCCGGCGGCGUUUCCGAUCAUCGGCAACUUUCAUCAAUUCCACUUUUCGCCCGAGGAGUUUUUCGAGCAAUCGCAAGGCAUCGCCUACAUGAUGAGGAAGGGCGACGAUCGGAUGACGAGGAUCUGGCUCGGCGGACUGCCGUUCGUGCUGCUCUACGGAGCCGACGAGAUGGAGGCGAUUCUGGGGAGCCCCAAGAUGCUCAACAAGCCCUUUUUGUACGGCUUCUUGAGUGCGUGGAUUGGCGACGGAUUGCUGAUUUCGUGAGUGACUUUUGACUGUACUUCAAGCGACUAUUCGUUUUUCUUCCAGAAAACCCGAUAAAUGGCGUCCCCGCCGCAAGCUUCUCACGCCCACAUUCCACUACGACAUCCUCAAAGAUUUUGUGGAGGUGUACAAUCGACACGGCAAAACUCUGCUGGCAAAGUUCGAAGCGCAAGCGGAAUCGGGAAAGUACGAGGACGUGUUCCACACGAUCACGCUCUGCACGCUCGACGUGAUUUGCGAGGCGGCGCUCGGCACGUCGAUCAACGCGCAGAAAGAUCCGCACUCGCCGUACCUGGACGCGGUGUUCAAAAUGAAGGAUCUGGUGUUCAAGAGGCUCAUCCGACCGCACUUCUUCUCCGACACCCUCUUCAAACUGAUCGGUCCGGGCAAAGAGCACGACGAGUGCGUGCGCAUCCUCCACGAGUUCACCUCGAAAGCAAUCUAUGCGCGCAAGGCGAAAGUCGACGCGGCGGGCGGUGUCGAACAGUUGCUGGAGCAGGAGACGGCCGAGGGACGGCGGAGAAUGGCGUUUCUCGAUCUGAUGCUCGAUAUGAAUGCGAAGGGCGAACUGCCGAUGGAGGGCAUCUGCGAGGAGGUCGACACUUUCACUUUUGAAGGUCAGCGGUCGUCAGUUGAUGAUUGAAGACAGACAAUUUUCAGGCCACGACACGACAUCAGCCGCGAUGAACUGGUUCCUUCAUUUGAUGGGAGCCAACGCCCAUAUCCAGUCAAAAGUGCAGAAGGAAAUCGAUGAAGUGCUCGGAGAAGCGGACCGUCCGAUCACUUAUGAGGACCUCGGAAAGCUCAAAUAUCUGGAGGCCUGCUUCAAAGAAACACUCCGUUUGUACCCAUCGGUCCCACUUAUUGCUCGCCAGUGCGUUGAGGAUAUUGAGGUAAAGCCUUGACACUUUUUCUCUACAACCCCCUCCCUGGAUCGAGUCUUCAGCUAUUGUCAACUUCCAAGAGCAACAGUACUCUUAGAGAUGGCUGUAGAAAAAAGUUGUCAACGACAAAAUUAUAGUUCUAGACUUGAAAAAUAGUUUUCUAGUUGACAACUUUUUUCUACGACUACGUCUAAGGCUUCUGUAGCUAAUGAAAACAAAUUUCAAAGCCAUCGACGGUUGUAGGUCCGCGGAAAGACUCUUCCGUCCGGCACCGCCGUCGUAAUGGUUCCGUCGAUGGUUCACAAGGAUCCCAGGUAUUGGGAAGAUCCGGAAAUUUUCAAUCCGGAACGAUUCAUCUCGGGAGAACUGAAACACGCCUACGCAUACAUCCCGUUCUCGGCCGGCAGCAGAAAUUGUAUAGGUGAGUCGUCAGGUUCGCGUACACCAAUACCAUCUAUUCAAGACCAUAUAUCUGAGUUGUCGGUGGAGAUAUCAAAAUGUGGUCAACUGACAAAAUGUAAAUAAUUUCUUACUGAGCAAUACAUCAGUUGACAACUUUUUGAAAUCUUCAAAGACAACUGAGAUACAUCGCGUUGAAUAGACAAUAUUAGGGUUAUCUUCUUAUACAGUGCUUAUAGUCCAUAAUUCCAGGCAUGAGAUUCGCAAUGAUGGAGGAAAAGUGUAUUCUGGCGAUGCUUCUGAAGAACCUGAAAGUGAAGGCAAAGUUGCGGACGGACCAGAUGCGAGUGGCCGCCGAACUGAUCAUUCGUCCAAUGUACGGAAAUGAGCUGAAAUUCGAAAAACGCGAAUUCGGAGACUACAGUCCGAUGGUCCAUUGA